GUUUUCCUCCCAUAUGGAAGGAGAUUAUCAACUCACCCGUGACCAUUUUAAAGCAGGACUUGAUUUAGUGAUUUUCACGAGAUAUCUAUGUUUUCAACUGAUAUUUUUAUUCCACUCAACUAACUCGAUCCCAUAUUCUCUCUAAUCAAGAUUUUAAUGAUUUAAUGAACCUUUUCCAAUUAAUUAGAUAUUUCUGAUAGUCUUUCCCUUCACAGAGGACGGAGAAAAAAUAAAUCUGGAAGCCAUAUGGAUUCCAGACGACCUAGAAAGUUGAACUUUAACGCAUCUCUUUUGUCAACAAAGCGUUUUGGUUUUUCAGGUGUUGCAGAUGCAUCAUGCUCCUCAAGCUCACCUGGCAGCAUAGUAGCAAAUACCAGUGUUCCAUUUUCAUGGGAACAUGCCCCAGGGAAACCAAAAAUCAUUGAGAGGAGCAAUAGCAUCAUCUAUGGAGACAUAGACACCCCGCGGCUAAGACCACCUCCUUGCCUUUGGCAUCCUCCAGAAGAAGCAGCCAAAGCUGAAGUAUAUACCGAUGUUCUUGCAUUUGAUGAAGAUGAUGGUUGCGAUGGCGACAAUGAAGAAGAUGAUGACAAGAAGAAUAAUUCUUUCUCUGAUGCAAUGGAUGUUUUGUCUCUCUCUGAAGCACUAGACAUUAUGCAACAAUCAGACACAGCUCUCAAUGAAAGCAAUAAUGGGUUGAGAUUAAAGCUUUCAGAGUCUGAUGGCUGUGAAUCUCCAACCUAUAUGAUCAACCGUUUUCUUCCUGAUGCCAAUGCAUUGGCUGCAUCAUCUGAAGCACAUAUUUCCUAUGAUUCAAAAGUUAGUAAUACUUGUUGUAGUAAUGAAGGUUAUCUGAAAGGUUCCACUAAGCACUCGUAUGCUUCUUCUCCAAAAGGUUGUGGCCUGGAAUUUAUCUUCUCUUGGCUUAUGAAGACUAAUAAGCUUUGUGCUAUAAAGAGCCCUGUCCUCCCAUCAUCUACAAAUGUGCAGAAGCGUCGACACACUUCAAAACACAAGAAACAUCGUUUAUCAAUUCACAGGCCCUGCGCCAAUGUGAAAGAACAUACCUGACGAAUACAGUGAUCUACUGUAUUAAUAUUUGGUUACCUAUUUCUUUUGUGAGCAAUCCUUUUUCUUCCCUUUUACUUUCCAGCACAAACAAUAUGGCUCAUGUUGUAUGCCAAUGCUUAAUCAGUUCAAUUGGGUGUAACAUCAGUUGCUUCCUUUCUUGAAAACCAGUAAUGGGUAGCUAAAUUCAUUUCAUCUAGUGAUUCAGAAUUGUAGAGAAGAUGUAGAAUUAGACACAAUUAUAAUGUUCGUGCUGACAGAAGAACAUUAAUCGUAACUUCAACUGAUAAUGAUGAAGAACCUUCAACACAAUUGUAAGAAUGUCACAUAAACCAAGUAAACUGA